UAGUGGUUAGAGCACUGGACUGGGACUGGAGGUUUCGAAUCAUGCCCCACAGCCAGGCCAUGUUCCUCUGGCCUCAUGAGGAGCCUCUUUUGUGGGGCUAGCAAGUCUGGGCCUAAGCCACGUGGGAAGGGUCUUGCAGGGUGCGGCCUUCACGCCCCACAGCCAGGCAAAUUUAUUUCAUACCGCACCAUAUGGCAGCCAUUUUGUGUUUUGCUAUGUUCUCAUUGAUAGCCAAUUGGUGGAGUGGCCCAUGUAGCACUUUCUCAAAAUUGGUCUGGCUCCGUAUAAGGCAGCUUCCUCUGUGCUUAUCAUAUGAAAUACCCCACUUUGUAUUUUAAUAGGAGCGCAGGAUGUUCUGCAUUUAUAUCCUAAGGGGGGGGGCGAAUCUCAUGAGCGAUAUGUUCAAAUGUGUUUCUACGCUUGGGGGGCUGCUGUGUCGCUUGUUCCUGAACCUUUUCUUCCUUCCAAAUGCCCUGAAGAUCCAUUGCACACCUUGACUCGCAUGAGACCUCCUCUGUCUUAUUUGCUCAUUGAACCAGACCGGGAGAAGGAGGGAUGAAGGAAACAGAAAUCCAGCCUGAGAACGGAGGUCCCUGUCAAGAGAAUGGCCAAGAUCUCCUCAGGAUGUCUGCCAAGGUCUCCCCUGCUCCCCGCCUCUCCAAACCCCCCCUGCGGGUGAAAGACCUGGUGGUCAAAUGGCUGAGUGUAGUUUCCGGUCUCCAGUUGUGUGCAUUCCUGAUGGAUAUUUUGGCCUGGAUGAUGUGCAUUGCCUCAAUAGCCAUUGCCAACUGGAGAGUGUGGCGUGUGGAAAACAUCAAGGGAAUCGGCUCUGGGAACAUCUGGAUUGGAAUCUGGCAGGUCUGUUUUUGGAAAGACCCUUCUAACGACGGCAACGCUUUUUGGCAUUGCGAAGACCUCAAUGAGCAACAUCCAACCCUCCCAAGGGAAAUUUUUAUUGCCCAAGAUUUAAUGGCAUUAGCUUCCAUCAUGAAUUCAGCGGCCCUCGGAUUAAUUUCAUUUGCUUUGUACAACGUGUUCAAGCCCAGAAAACAUAAGGAUUUUGUGUUAACCUUUUUUAGCCUUGGAGCUCUGCUGAACUUACCUGCAGGGAUACUCGUCCUGAUUUCUGUGAUAUGGAACAUGUCUGCUGUCUUACAAAAUGGGGAAAUUGUCUUCCCAGAAGCUUUUGAAUUGCCUCAAAUUCCCAGCGAGCAGCAUAUUGGACCUUCUAUUUAUCUAGGCUAUAUCGCUGCGGGUUUCCAGCUGCUGAGUGCAGCAUUGGUUGGGAUGGAGAGAUGUUGCAUCAGGACCACCGCAACAGAUACAUCUCAAAUAGAAACUGUGGUGGUGAUUACCCCAGGAAGUGGGGUGAAAAGCGAGAGUCUUACUACUUGUUCGAAGUGUGGUUCUCUGCUGGACCUGGUAAUUCAAGAGAAAUCCUCCGCAGUGGAGAUGGAGAAGACCCAUGCGGAAGAUCUUGUCAUUCCAGAGGAAUCCUGCGCAGUGGAGAUGGAGGAAAGCUGUGCAAGUGAUCUUGUCAUUCCAGAGGAAUCCUGCGCAGUGGAGAAUCCAUUGCACACCUUGACUCGCAUGAGACCUCCUCUGUCUUAUUUGCUCAGUGAACCACACCGGGAGAAGGAGGGAUGA